ACUGCGCGGCAGUGCAAGGAGGAUGAGGGCGGGGCCAGAAGGUUUCAAAUGUGGGCGGGAACAGACCUCCGUCCCUGCGUCCAAUUGCCAACGGAGAAGGCGUCGACGGUUUGCCAAUCACUCUGCUCGGGAGAGAAGUCCAAUCAGCAGACGACAAGCCGACGAUAUAUACUUCCUUAUCCUUUCUUCAAAAACUGACUUCAAUCUCGUCAACGACAAGAUAAGCAUCAUGGCCAGAACAAAGCAGACCGCUCGUAAAUCCACCGGUGGAAAAGCCCCGAGGAAGCAGCUCGCCACCAAAGCCGCUCGUAAGAGUGCUCCGGCUACUGGUGGCGUGAAGAAACCUCAUCGUUACAGGCCCGGGACGGUGGCUUUGAGAGAGAUCCGUCGGUACCAGAAGUCUACCGAGCUGCUCAUCCGCAAACUGCCUUUCCAGCGCUUGGUCAGGGAAAUCGCCCAGGACUUCAAGACAGACCUGCGUUUCCAGAGUUCCGCCGUGAUGGCUCUGCAGGAGGCCAGCGAGGCUUACCUGGUCGGUCUGUUCGAGGACACCAAUCUGUGCGCCAUCCAUGCCAAGAGGGUCACCAUCAUGCCCAAGGACAUCCAGCUGGCCCGCCGCAUCCGCGGAGAGCGCGCCUAGAAGUUGUCCGUGAUCAUGUGAUCUCGAAACCCACAAAGGCUCUUUUAAGAGCCACCUCACUGUUCACACGAAAAGACAAAUUCUUCCUAGUCAAACGACUACCGACAUACGUGCUUUAAUGUUGAUUUCUGAAAGCUACAUUUGAGGACUCAUGUGACUGUACCUCCCUUUACUAUGUUUUAUACUUUGGUAUCAUGAAUUUUCUACAUUUCCAACAUAGAUGAAUAUGUGAAGUUACUCUGUGCAAUUAGUUGUUGUUGGCCAGCCUCCUCUCUCUGGCAGACAGCUGGGGGGGCUUCUGUUGAGGGGGACGGAGCACCGGGUAGGGGACGCCAGUGGGGUCUGGACAGGGAACAAACAACGUCAGCUGGAUACUUCAGGUGAUGGUGCUCUUGUUGAUUAUCACCAGCAACAAGUACACAUAAUAAUUUAGAGAACUUAAUAUAAAGCAACCAACUGAAAUAUCAAAUAUUUGUGUAUAUAUACUAUAUAUAUUUAGAGAGAAAGUAAUACAAUGCAGAUAA